UGAGGGAUGGGGAGAGGAGUUUAGGAAAGCUUGGAGCGAUUUCAGCCCCUGAAACUCGGCUACAGUGGCGCCGGAAGCCUGUCGAAGGCCUGUGCUUUGACGCGUCUUCCCCAGAAAAUCGCGUCUCGCUUUCAAGAACUGUCACACGAACAUCAUAGCUUCUCCAGGUUGGCUCAACAUGGUUGCAUGCCCUAUUUGUGGCAAGGCAGUCAAGCCAAGGGAUAUCAAUGCCCAUAUCGAUUCAGGUUGCGCAUCUUUUAUUGAUACCGGUUCGCCGCCACCUACUCAGCAGAACGGAGCUCCACCUCAAAAACCGCCUGCAUCCCAGAAACCAUCGGUCUCAACCUUCUUCCAAACGCCUGCAGCUAAGAAGGCAACAGCAUACCUUACACCGAAGGUGGAACCGAGUCCUACUCUGAGCUUUCAACCAAAAACUCAAAGUAAUGGCACAUCAACCCCGAAUCCACAGCCACGCAAAAGGUCCUUCGAAGAUAUUGCCCCCGCGAUCAAGGAAGAGACAGAGCUUCAAACGAAAGUAGAGGACGAGCAACCUGCAAAGAAGCCGAAGACAAAUGCGUUCCAAAAAGCUGCACCAUUAGCAGAGAGAAUGAGGCCAAAAUCUCUAAAUGAUGUUUGCGGACAAGAGCUGGUAGGGCCACACGGGGUGCUAAGGAGUUUGAUCGAGCAAGAUCGAGUACCGUCUAUGAUUCUGUGGGGGGGUGCGGGAACUGGAAAGACAACGAUUGCGCGGUGCAUAGCUUCGAUGGUGGGAUGUCGAUUUGUGGAGAUCAACAGUACCUCGUCUGGAGUUACAGAGUGCAGAAAGAUAUUCGCGGAGGCAAGAGGGGAACUGGGCUUAACAGGACGGAAGACCAUCAUUUUUUGCGACGAAAUACAUCGGUUCUCGAAAUCUCAACAAGACGUCUUUUUGGGACCAGUGGAAUCCGGGCAAAUUACCCUGAUUGGAGCCACCACAGAGAAUCCUUCUUUCAAAGUUCAGAACGCACUGCUUUCGCGAUGUCGGACAUUUACUCUCCAGAAAUUGACAGACGAAGAUAUACUCCAAAUCUUGGAACGUGCUCUUGCGACGGAAGGCCCAAACUAUACACCUACCGACUUGGUGGACUCUGAACUCCUCAAAUAUUUAUCUGCAUUUGCCGACGGGGAUGCACGAACCGCCUUGAAUCUCCUCGAGCUUUCUAUGGGUCUCUCAACUCGGCCAUCUAUAACCAAAGAGGAGAUAAAGUCUGCCUUGACGAAGACCCUAGUCUAUGACAGAGCAGGUGACCAACACUACGACACCAUAUCUGCCUUUCACAAAUCGGUACGAGGUAGCGAUCCAGAUGCUGCGCUCUAUUAUUUGGCUCGAAUGUUGCAGUCAGGAGAGGAUCCUCUUUACGUAGCUCGACGGAUGGUGGUGAUAGCUUCAGAAGAUGUUGGACUAGCAGACAACAGUAUGCUCAGCCUAGCAACUGCAGCCUAUACAGCUGCAGAGAAGAUCGGGAUGCCAGAAUGCAGGAUUGCUCUGGCUCACGCAACUGUAGCUUUAUGCUUUGCUCCGAAAAGCACGAGAGCCUAUCGGGGAUUGAACAAUGCAUAUGCGGCAUUAAGGGAACCCGGGGUCGCUGGAUUACCAAUUCCUAUUCAUUUGAGGAAUGCGCCGACGAAGUUGAUGAAGGAGCUUGGGUAUGGAGACCAGUAUAAGUACAAUCCGAACUACAAGGAGGGCAGAGUAGUGCAGGAGUAUCUGCCCGAGCAACUGAGCGGUCGAACAUUCUUAGAAGACAGAGAUUUGGGUACAGAAAUAGAUCCCGGAGCAUGGCCAUAAAUUUGAAGCACAUAUGAGAUUGUUUUGAGUCUCAGCAUUGCGACGGCGUUCAUUGGAUUGGUGGCAAUUAGUAAUGCUCAGGUAGGAUAUAGUGUCUGAACGUUUGAC